UGGGGCAAGGAGACCUCCACGCUGCCCGACGUGGACCUGCAGCUGCCCCGUAUGUACGGGGACAACAUCGACGAGCAUUUUCGCCUCCUGGCGCAGAAGCAGAGCUUGCCCUACCUGGAGGCGGCCAACGAGCUGCUGCGGUGUGAGCUGCCCCCCAUGCCCGCGCAGUGGGCAUGGCAGCUCGGCUGGACCCGCUACGGCCCCGAUGGGCAAGUGGAAGCCGUCGACUUCCCCGAGGAGCGGGCGGUGGUGUUGGACGUGGAGGUGUGCGUG